CGUCGCCGGGCGCCGCGGCAGCGCGCGCCCGCGCCACCGGCGGCGAAGGCAGGGGAGACGGGCAUCUCGGCCGGGCUCGUCUCCACGCUGCGCGAGACGCUGGGCGCGAUCAGGAGCGUGGUGGACAUCAUCUCGUCGUUCCCCAUCGGCGGCAUCUUCGGCGGCGGCGACCUCCGCCUCUCCUCCGCCGUCGCCGACUGCCUCGACCUCCUCGACCUCUCCUCCGACGAGUUGUCGUGGUCCAUGUCCGCCACCUCGGCGUCGUCGGACUACAGCCCCGCCGGCGCCGGGGCGGCCGGGGGAAGACUCGGCACCGGCGACGCGCGGUCCGACCUCCGGUCCUGGCUGAGCGGCGCGCUCGGGAACCAGGACACCUGCAAGGAGGGCCUGGACGACACCGGCUCGGUGCUCGGCUCGCUCGUCGCCACUGGGCUCGAGGCCGUCACGUCGCUCCUCGCCGACGGCCUCGGCCAGGUCGCCGCGGCGGACGCUGCUGCCUCGUCGUCGUCGCCCUCCCGCCGCGGCCUCGGCGCCGCCCGGGCGUCCCCGCGGUGGCUGCGCGCGAGGGAGCGGCUGCUGCUGCAGAUGCCGGUGGGGCCCGGGGGCCUGCCGGUGGACGCGGUGGUGGCGCAGGACGGGAGCGGAAACUACACGACGGUGAGCGCGGCCGUGGAGGCGGCGCCGGCGCAGAGCGCGGCGCGGUACGUGAUCUACGUGAAGAAGGGGGUGUACAAGGAGACGGUGGACAUCAAGAAGAAGAAGUGGAACCUGAUGCUGGUCGGCGACGGCAUGGGCGCCACGGUCAUCUCCGGCCACCGGAACUACGUCGACGGCUACACGACCUACCGCAGCGCCACCGUCGCCGUGAACGGCAAGGGCUUCAUCGCGCGGGACCUGACGUUCGAGAACACGGCGGGGCCGGCGAAGCACCAGGCGGUGGCGCUGCGGUGCGACUCGGACCUCUCCGUCUUCUACCGCUGCGCCUUCGAGGGGUACCAGGACACGCUGUACGCGCACUCACUCCGCCAGUUCUACCGCGAGUGCCGCGUCACGGGAACCGUCGACUUCGUCUUCGGCAACGCCGCCGCCGUGUUCCAGGGCUGCCUCCUCCUCGCGCGCCUCCCGCUGCCCGCACAGAAGAACUCCGUCACCGCGCAGGGCCGCCUCGACGCCAACAUGACCACGGGAUUCGCCUUCCAGUUCUGCAACGUCUCCGCACACGACGAGCUCCUCGCCGCCGCCGCCGGCAGCGCCGGCAACGACACCGGGAACGGGACCGCCGCCUUCCCGACGCAGACGUACCUCGGCCGACCGUGGAAGCAGUACUCCCGGGUGGUGUUCAUGCAGUCGUACAUCGGCGGCGUGGUGCGGCCCGAGGGGUGGCUCGCGUGGGACGGCGAGUUCGCGCUCGACACGCUCUACUACGGGGAGUACAUGAACACUGGCCCCGGCGCCGGCGUGGGCGCGCGGGUCAGGUGGCCCGGGUUCCACGUCAUGACCAGCCCAGCCGAGGCCGGCAACUUCACCGUCGCGCAGUUCAUCGAGGGCAACAUGUGGUUGCCACCCACCGGCGUCAAGUACACCGCCGGCCUCACGUCUUGAUUCGGCUUCAGCACGUCAUGGUGCAAGCUCUAGAUUUAGUACUAUAUCGAUCGUCAGCAUACUACAUGAUGUCUGUGGAGGGAAAUGUACGAAAGAAUGGUGAGUGGAUGAAUCAGUUGUUGAUUGGGGUUGUUGUUUUAAACACAACAAUGAGAACAGGGGCUGAGAUCAGCGGUACAUCGACCUGUUUAAUUCUCAUAUGUUCCAAAUGCUUUAGAUUCC